UCAGCAGGAAGUCCUGCCUCAUCUCUUUCUUUCAGUCCCUGGGGCAAAGGUUGGCUGGACGUCUGCCGGGUGGGCUGGAGAUGCCUCCACCUCUUCCUCCUCCUUCCUUCCUGGCUGCUGCUUUGGGACUAGCAACAAACCACUGAGGUCAUGGCAAAGGCAGCUGGGCCCUCCCAGCCUGCGGUUGCCCCUGCCCAGCCCCACGUGUUCAAGUUGGUGCUUCUGGGAAGCAGCUCGGUGGGCAAGUCCAGCUUAGCACUGCGCUAUGUGAGGGACAAAUUUCGCGACCUGCUACCCACAGUGGGCUGCGCUUUCUUCACCAAGGAUCUGAGUCUGGGCGUCACAUCUGUGAGACUGGAGAUCUGGGACACAGCGGGCCAGGAAAAGUACCACAGUGUCUGCCACCUGUACUUCCGGGGCGCACAGGCCGCUGUGCUGGUGUAUGACAUCACCCGAAAGGACUCUCUGGGUCAGGCCCAGCGCUGGCUGCAGGAACUGAGGCAGGAGAACAGCCUCGAGGAUGUGGUGGUGAUGCUGGUGGGCAACAAGGCAGAUCUAGGCUCGGAGCGGGAGGUGACCUUCCAGGAAGGGAAGGAGUUUGCUGAGAGCCAGGGGCUGCUAUUUACGGAGGCCUCUGCCCUGCUGGGGGACCAGGUCACAGAGCUCUUCACAUCUGUGGCCCAAGAACUGCUGCAGAGGGAGGAACAGAAGGAUGCAGUACCCCAGCAGGGUUCCCCACUGCCUCUGGAUGGAGCCCCCACCAGGCAAUCUAAGUGCUGUGCCCACUAGAAGCCAUCUUCCCGAAAAGGGGUGCCUGGGCCACUGGCCCCCAUUGGAACCCACCACUAUGAAACUCUGCAGUGGGGGACACAAGCUAAUCUGGCUCAUCCCAAAAGAUGGAGCCCAAUGCUCCCACCUGCCUCAUUGGAGCCCAG